UGUAGACGGUUAGCAUUGUGUAACGAAUAUGGCACCGUUUAUCUUCGCCCUUGCACUGGUCAUCAUACCUGGACUGGUGCACUCACAGACUGUUACUCCAACCCGAUUUCCGGAUGUAGUGUCUGCUCUAGUAGCUAAUGGUCAUUUCACCGUGUUUCUCGACCUGCUCAACUCCUCUGGUUUACUGCCCAGGAUCAACUCAUCCGCGCACUUCACGAUUUUCGCCCCCACGGACGACGCCUUUGCCCGGCUGUCCGCCGAUGAUUUCGAUAAAAUAAAGAACAACCAGACCAGGCUGGCUGAGAUCGUGGGGUUCCAUGUCGUGCUGACCACCAACUACCGCAUACACGGCACCCAGCAGGACGAUGUGCUCAAGUCCUCCAACAAUUUCCCCAUCAGGAUCAACACCUACAACAUUCUGCACACAGUGGCAGCCGAUGGUGUCAACAUCACCAUCAAGAACAUCCCCAUCCUCCACGGGCUGGCCCACGGGCUGGACGGUGUCCUGACCCCACCCACCCAGAGCAUCAUGCAGCUCAGCCUCAACAGGCCAGACAUCAGCACCUUCGCCAAGUGGGUGGUCGACGCCAAUCUGCUCAACUUCUUCACCAACGAUAAGGACGUCACCGUGUUUAUCCCCAACAACGCAGCCUUUGCUAAACUGAGUUCAGAUAUAACCACAUUUCUCAACAGUCACCACGCCAACAUGGCAGAAACUUUAAAGUUCCACGUCGUAAACGCCAUGACCUUGUUCAGUAUUGGGAUGACCCACAGCAUCAGCCUGACUUCCGGGAACAACCACCACGACGGCCUGAUGAUACUACAGGAUUCAGUUGGAGCCCUGAGUGUGAACCACGCCAAGAUUGUAGAGAAAGACAUCAUCACCACCGAUGGCGUCGUGCACAUCAUUGACAGCGUCUUGGUCCCACCUCGCGUCUUGGUAGCUCUCCAAGAUCAAGGAAUCGUUGUUGGUUAA